AUGGUAAUACUGGCUAAUAUUGAGAAGCCUAAAGGGGAUUCGAAGUUUCCGACAUCCGUGCUGAAUGGGUCCCAAAUCUCUGGCGAACACCGGCAAAUCAAUCUGCAUCUCAGCACCCCGAAUCAGCGUAGCGUCGUGAUCUGGGAAGCAGGUUUUACUCGAGGGGAAUCCGUUGAUAUCUGUGGUCAUCCAGGGGAGAAGCCUGGUAGUAUCGGUUACAAGGCGAUGGCAGAUAAUUCCAAAGCGAGACGCUAUCGAAUCCGAUCGUCCAUCUGUCCGUGGACGCAAUCGGCACCCUCGAUCGUGUAUCGUGCAGCCACAAUAUGCACCUACUCAGUUUCUGGUUCGGUAACUGGCGCGGCGCUUAGUUAG